AAACCGUUGUCUUCGUGCACUAGUGUGCUCUCGAAAAAUGAUAGUCGAGAUACAGGAGGAGGUUAGAGGAAAGAGGCCUUUCAAGAUAUGGGACAGUUCGCGAAACGUGAGGAAGGGACUGGUAGUCACUAGUUUUGAGGAAUUAAUACACAGAGGUAAAGAGAAAUUAUCGGUAGCUGCGAGUGAGCCAGUGAGGUUAGUGCUAGAGAGCGACGGAACUCAGGUGGAAGACGGCGACUACUGGAGGACCUUACCGCCUAACACUGUCCUACUUCUGCUGCGGCAAGGGGAGCGCUGGUACCCCACAGGCGUCGAUGUCAUCAAGGCUGCGAUAUCAGCCAUCCCGAAGAUAGUAUGCGAGACGAUCCACGCGCUGGAACUGCACGAUGAGACGCCUUCAUGGAAGAUCAUGGACAACAAGGGGCGCGUCACGGUGGUGCUGCACUGGGACCAGCGGCCUGCUGCCUCGCCGGCCGCGCGCUCUCCUUCCCGCCAGGCCAAGCCUGACCGGCGACCCUCGCUCGUGAUCCAAACGUCGUUAGAUCGGCCGCCGCCCCCGCCCCCGCACAUCACCGUCGUGAACCACGACGAGCCGGGCCCCGCCCCGCGCCGCCUGUCGCGCGCGUCCGGCUCCCUCGAGCACGUGCACACGGCCGAGUGUCGCGCCGCCCCCACCUCACCGGCACGUCCGCCCCCCGACGAGUGCGACUUCCAUUGCUGCGCGCUGCACGAGGAAGGACGCCGUAUCGCUGUGCAUAAAAGCGUUGCCACCUCGCCCAUCCAAGACGCACAGCCACGAGCGUCACCCCAAGGCCGACCCAAAGGACACGUGCGCUUUUUGGACGCGGAAUCUGCUCGAAGAGGAGAUCGAGAUUCUUCGGAAAGCGAAACCGAAAACACACUCGUCGAGGACGAAGCCGUCACGUCCGAAAAAUUUCUCUUGCUCAUCGACCAACUCAGCGUAGACCAGAAGCGGCAUCUCACCAUCAAAGACAUCGGCAUAAUCCUCGAGCGGCUCAGUUCGAAGAUCCUGGACGUGGAGAGGCUGGACCGCGAGUCUGAGUCGGACGACUGCUACAACUGGACGAUAAAAGCGACAAUCAGGGGUGACGCUCUACGGGAGCUGGGAGUCAUAUACAACGGCAACUACUAUGCGAUCAGCGAGCAUCCUGGCUACCGGGAGGAGAACGAGGAGGCCGGAGACGAGGGCGAAGAGGAGGAGGAGGAAGACCGGCUCUGAUCGGGUCUGUGCGGCGCCGGCGUGCCCGCCGCCCUGCGCAUGGCGCUGUGCCGCAUGGCCGCGCGCUCGCCGUCGCCGCACUGCGCCCGCCAGAGGACCGGUCGACCACUAAAGACUUACUACGAAAUUGAUCGUGAGCCCGCCUCGCGCCAGGCUGCGACCUAGUUAAUAAGUAGCGAAAUUAUUAUAGGUGAAACUGACUUCCUCUCGGUCUGCGAAGACUCGGGGUCGCACCGGCAUCGCCCUGCACUUGUAUCACACCCGAGUCACGAGAACACGACAGCACUGUCUAAUCAUCGAGAUGUUCAAUCUUAGAAACUUAUAUUAAAAAUAAUAUUAAAGUUAGUCGAACGGAAUGCGUUUUAGCGGCGAGUCGCGAUCGCCCUACCAAUCUAUCACAGAUGUCAAUUCCAAAUCACUAUUAUAGUUUCAUCCAAGCAUAGAAAAGCAAGAUAAACUGUUAGACUGUGUCGAACAAAACUGAUUUCUUAGUUUAGACGUUUUCUUAAUGUUCGAAAACGACAAACUGCAUAUUUCCAAACGCUUAACUAACAAUCACUAAUAAAAAAUAAAUCGAUUCAGAAGCAAAGGGGAAAAUGGUACAUAACCGUUUUAUCUUUACUUAUUCAUAAAUAGACUUACUGUGUCACUUCGUGGCCCUGUCGCGACCCUGGUCGCCGGGCCUGGUACUGAGGUCUGCAUCGCGACCGCCGCCGUGCUCAGAGCGCCGCGUGUCUAUCGGAGUAAGACUCGCAAACAACCGAACAUCGGCCGGCAGCUCUGCACAGUUUUGCAUGCGGAUGAAUUUGCUCAUUGUUUCCAUAAAUUCACGGUAGAAUUAUGAAGAAAGGUUUCGUGACGUCAAAUAGCAAGUAUACACGUUCCUUCGCGAGUCAGACUUGUCUCGGAUGAGUAACUGAGAGAACGCGUAACGUAAAAUAUUUGUAAUAGAUGAUAUGAAAAUUAUAUAAAAUAAUAAUUCAAUGUUAUAAAAGAGGUUGUAUCUAAUGCCGCGGUCUUAUUGCUCCGCGGCUCAGUCGUCACUGAGUCGUCACCGUGUCGUCGCUGUGUCGUCACCGUGGCGAACGCGACGCAAUAUAGAAUUAGGUAAGUUCUUGUACUUAUUAGAUCUAUGAUAUUGUAGUUAAAGUACGUAUUUAUAAUGUUUUUUUAAUUUUUGUAUAGUACGAAAUCGUGAAGGAUACACGAAAUUAAAUGUAUUAUAUUAAUAAUAAUGGAAGAUUUAAUAAGUUUUACAUGCCCCGGCGAGGGUUUCUUAAUUGUAUAGUUAAGAUUAUUGUGACGCGAUUUGAAUCUAACUUGACGGAGCGUUUUGAUGUCUUUUUGAUUUCGGUACUUAUUUAAUUUCAAAUUGUUUGAUGU